AAGAGCUGUAGGACGACCCUCGGUGUGGAGCUUCAGGAAGAAGGAGAUUUACAGUUUGGACUGUUGAGAUUUUUGCUUGGACAUUCUCAGGACAAGUUCCACUGUUGGAUCUGUUGGAGUUCAUCCUGUAGACCAACCCAACAUGUUGCGACCGACAGCGGUACAGUACACCAUCAACAGGCCCCUGUACUCUGAAGAUGAUUUUGCCGAAGAUCAUGAGAAGAACUAUAGGCACCACAAGACCCUGUUGGACCAUGUGAAAGCAUACUUCACCUGUGAUUCUAAGCGAGCAAAGAAUGCUGCUCUUUCUCUGUUUCCCAUUAUCGGAUGGAUGAGAAUCUACCGCAUCAAAGAGUGGCUUCUGAGUGAUGUGGUGUCUGGAGUCAGCACUGGACUGGUCGCAGUUCUGCAAGGUCUGGCCUACAGCCUGUUAGCCUCCCUUCCUGCUUGGUACGGACUGUUCGCUGCCUUCUUCCCUGUCAUCAGCUAUUUCUUCCUUGGGACCUCCAGGCACAUUUCAGUGGGUGCCUUCCCUGUUCUUAGUCUAAUGGUGGGUGCAAUGGUGACUCGGCUGAUCCCGGAGGAAGGGCCCCCACUGUACAACAUCACAGGCUUAGACGGGCUUUCCCCAGACCAACAGAGGGUUGUGGUGGCCGCCUCUGCCACAUUCCUCAUGGGAAUAUUCCAGCUGGCCAUGGGGGUGUUCCAGGUGGGCUUCAUUGUGAUGUACCUGUCGGACACACUGGUCUCUGGGUUCACUACAGCAGCUGCGGUUCACAUCCUGGUGUCACAGCUGAAGUUUGUCCUGGGGCUCGUAGUACCGGGCCUAAGUGGACCUCUUUCCAUGUUCUAUACCCUUGAAAAGAUUUUUGUGCAAAUCACGGACACCAACAUUGCUGACCUUGUAAUAUCCAUCGUUGUCAUGGUGGUGGUGUUCAUCGUAAAGGAACUCAACGAUAGGUACAAGUCCAAGCUUCCUGUGCCCAUCCCCAUAGAGGUCAUUAUGACCAUUAUAGUCUGCGGUGUCUCUUAUGCAUUCAACUUCAAAGAGAAAUACAAAGUGGACGUUGUGGGACAAAUACCAAAGGGAUUUGAGCCUCCCCUGGCCCCCAAUGUGGAGAUCUUCCAGUACACUGCAAUGGAGGCCUUUCCCAUGGCGAUUGUGGGCUUUGCAAUAGCCUUCUCUGUUGCAAAGGUCUACUCUAUCAAACAUGACUACAUCAUUGACGGCAAUCAGGAGCUUAUUGCUUUCGGAGUGAGCAAUAUCUUUGGAGCUUCCUUCAGGUCGUUUGCAGCGAGCACAGCUCUCUCCAGGAGUGCUGUGCAGGAAAGCACUGGAGGCAAAACCCAGAUUGCUGGCCUGCUCUCUGCAAUCAUAGUGAUGGUCGUCAUUUUGGCCAUUGGAUUCCUGCUAGAACCACUGCCAAAGUCAGUGCUGGGGGCAGUUGUGAUUAUCAAUCUGAAGGGGAUGCUGAUGCAGUUCAGAGAGAUUCCCUACCUGUGGCGAAAGGACAGGCCGGACUGUGUGGUGUGGAUUGUGACCUGCAUUGCUUCCAUCUUGUUGGGGCUUGAUCUGGGUCUGGCUGUGGGCCUGGGAGCUGAGUUGAUCAGUGUGGUCUUCAGGACUCAGUUCCCCCGCUGCUCUGUACUGGCCAACAUCAAAGGCACAGAUAUCUAUAAGGACCGCAAGGACUAUCUCAGUAUCUAUGAGCCUGAGGGUGUUAAGAUCUUCAGAAUACCUUCACCUAUCUUCUUUGCCAACAUCGAGUUCUUCCGAGGAAAGCUGGUUGAAUCUGUUGGUUUUAACCCCCUGCGAAUACUGCGGAAGAGGAACAAGGCCCUGCGGAAGAUCAAGAAGCUCCUGAAGAAUGGGGAGCUGCAGAUGACAGACAAAGGACUGCUGCACACAGGCUCAGCUCCUAUCGAGGAGUCGGAGGAUGAGAGCAACAUGGAGGGCCUGGAUCAGCCCACGGAUUUCCGGAACCUUCCCAUCCAGGUCAACUGGAACUCUGAACUUCCUGCCAACAUCUGUGUCCCCAAGGUUGAUGUCCACAGCGUGAUCCUGGACUUUGCCGCUGUCUCCUUCCUCGACAUCUCUGCACUGAAGGGCCUCAAAGCGGCAUUGAAAGAGUUUAUCCGAGUGGACGUGGAAAUCUACAUUGUUGCGUGUGAUGCGUACAUUCUGGAGAAGCUGCACAGCUGCAAGUUCUUUGACGACGAGAUCAAGACGUCCAUUUUCUUCCUCACGCUCCAUGAUGCCAUGCUGCAUAUUCUAGAGAAACACCCAGAGGGCAAUGACACAAACAUUAAGGUUAUUCCUUACAAUUUCCAUGACCCCCAAAGCAACGGUGGGGGAAUAUUGCGGAGCAGGGACAAGUUGGUCUCAGACUCAGAAACCAAGUUCUAGACAACUUCCUGCGGCCCUGAAAUGGAGUGGUGGCACUUCCUGUUCCCCCUGGACUGAAUAUGUUUCUGAAAAAGAGAAAUUGAAGAAAACAUUUGCACGUGAUGACAUCCGGACAAAAGGCACAUUCAAUAGUGCUGUUUAA